UCUCCCCUAUAAAACGCGUCUUUCCAGACAACAAAGUAAACACUCUCAUAAAAAUGGUUUCGCCACUGUCCCUCAGCGGAGUCCAGGUCGAGAACGUGGAGUUCCCGCCGACGGUGAAGCCUCCGGGCUCCACCAAGACCUUGUUCCUCGGCGGCGCAGGGGAAAGGGGAUUGGAGAUUCAAGGGAAGUUCGUGAAGUUCACGGCGAUUGGCGUGUACUUGGAGGAUACCGCCGUGCCCUCGCUCGCCGUUAAGUGGAAGGGAAAGAGUGCGGAGGAGUUGACCGAGUCCGUGGAAUUCUUCAGGGACAUCGUUACAGGCCCCUUUGAGAAGUUCAUACGGGUGACAAUGAUCUUGCCGUUGACGGGUCAGCAGUACUCGGAGAAGGUCUCGGAGAAUUGUGUCGCCGCUUGGAAAUCGGUCGGAGUUUACACUGAUGUAGAAGGCAAAGCCAUUGAAAAGUUCCUUGAGGUCUUCAAGGACGAGAAAUUCCCACCUGGCUCCUCUAUAUUAUUCACUCAAUCACCCAAUGGAUCACUGGCGAUUGGCUUCUCCAAAGAUGGGUCCAUACCGGAAAUUGGGAAUGCAGUGAUAGAGAAUAAACUGCUUUCAGGGGCAGUUUUGGAGUCAAUUAUUGGCAAGCACGGUGUUUCUCCGGCAGCAAAACAAAGUUUGGCUAUAAGGUUAUCAGAGUUGUUGGCCGAAAAAGGGAAACCAGAAACCGAAAAGGUUACUUAAGAGCUCAAACCGGCGGAGUUGGAGAGCACAAACCGUGUGUUUGAAUGAUUUGGAAUAAAAGUAAAAGUAAUUUGUCUGUUUAAGUAUUAAAUUUUAAUUCUAUUUACAAAUUUCGAGGCAAAAAAAUGUGUUUGGGUGUUGAAUUUUUAGAUUGAAAAA